GAGAAAAAACUCAGAGACAUCUGGAGCUCCCUGACCCAAAGAUCUCCCCACUCACACACCUGGGGACACAGGCGAUUCUGGGAGGUGAUUUGCGACGACUUAGCCGGGCCCCCAGGGCUGGGCUUCUAUUGGGAGAAAGUCUGCCCAGGUCCACAGCCAAGCCUUCAUCGUUUGUCCUCCGGGUUUGGGCUCCUGCUGGAAGAGGGCAGCUUCUGCGAUGGGAGUAUCCACAGCCCCACCGCCCCCCACCACCUCCAAAACCCCUCGGAAGCAGCAUCUAGAAGCAGUGGGCGCCUACCAAUAUGUGCUCACUUUCCUCUUCAUGGGCCCUUUCUUCUCCCUUCUUGUCUUCAUCCUCCUCUUCACGUCGCUCUGGCCCUUCUCCGUUUUAUACUUGGUGUGGCUCUACGUGGACUGGGACACACCCAACCAAGGUGGAAGGCGUUCUGAGUGGAUGAGGAACCAGGCGAUUUGGAGACAACUGAGAGACUAUUAUCCCGUUAAGCUGGUGAAAACGGCAGAGCUGCCCCCGGACCGGAACUACGUGCUGGGCGCCCACCCGCAUGGGGUCAUGUGCACAGGAUUCCUCUGUAAUUUCUCCACCGAGAGCAAUGGCUUCUCCCAGCUCUUCCCAGGGCUCCAGCCCUGGUUAGCCGUGCUGGCUGGCCUCUUCUACGUCCCGGUCUACCGCGACUAUAUCAUGUCCUUUGGACUCCGUCCCGUGAGUCGCCAGAGCCUGGACUUCAUCCUAUCCCAGCCCCGGCUCGGGCAGGCCGUGGUCAUCAUGGUCGGGGGUGCCCAUGAGGCGCUGUAUUCAGUCCCGGGGAAGCACUGCCUCACUCUCCGGAAGCGCAAAGGCUUUGUGCGCCUGGCGCUGAGACAUGGGGCAUCCUUGGUGCCCGUGUACUCCUUUGGGGAGAACGAUAUCUUCAGACUUAAGGCUUUUGCCACAGGCUCCUGGCAGCACUGGUGCCAGCUCACCUUCAAGAAGCUCAUGGGCUUCUCUCCUUGCAUCUUCUGGGGGCGCAGUCUCUUCUCAGCCACCUCCUGGGGCCUGCUGCCCUUUGCUGUACCCAUCACCACUGUGGUGGGCCGCCCCAUCCCUGUCCCCCAGCGCCUCCACCCCACUGAGGAGGAAGUCAGUCACUAUCACGCACUCUACAUGAUGGCCCUGGAGAAGCUCUUCGAGGAGCACAAGGAAAGCUGUGGGGUCCCUGCUUCCACCUGCCUCACCCUCAUCUAGCCUGGCUGCGGCCUCUCGCUGAGCCCCUGAGCCAGGGCACUGAGACCUCCACCUGCUGUGGGCUCCGGGUCUCCAAUAAAAGGUAGUUCUAGGCCUAGCAUGGUAAUCCCUAGCUCACGCCUUAAUCCCAGCACUUUGGGAGGCCGAGGCAGGUGGAUUACUUGAGCCUGGCAGUUGAAGACUGGCCUGGGCAAAAUAGUGAGACUUCCUUCUUACAAAAAUUAAAUAUAAUGUUAUUAAUUAGCUGGGCAGGGUGGAGUGUGCCUGUAAUCCCAGCUACUCGGGAGGCUGAGGCAGGAGAAUUGCUUGAACCUGGGAGAUGGAGGUUGCAGUGAGCUGAGAUGGCACCACUGCACUCCAGCCUGGACAACACAGCGAGACUCCAUCUAAAAAAAUUAAAAUGUUGUUAAAGCUGUAA